AUGUCGGAGACUCAUAACAAGGUCGAUAUAGAGCUUAUCGAGGGCGAGACAUCGCCGCCGGCGGAAAUCUAUCCGGAUGCCACGUCUGGAGGCGCAAUUGUCAAUACAGGUUUCCAAGCGCCACGUCCGAAACCGAAAUCUGAGCAUGAGAAGCGCCUUGUGCUUAAGCUCGAUUUGGUCGUCCUUGGUCUAUGUUGCCUGAUGUACUUCGUGGCUUACCUGGAUCGGAAUGUACUCGGCAACGCGCGUCUCAUGGGUAUCGAGAAGGACUUACAUUUGACUGCGAACCAGUUCUACAACUGCCUGACUAUGUUCUUUGUUGGAUACAUCAUCUUCAUGCUUCCAGGCAACAUUCUCCUGCGACAGUUCAAGCCUCCGUACGUGUUUGGAGCUUCUGUGUUCUCCUUCGGUGUCUUCUGUGUCGCCAUGGCAGAUGCACAACACUACGCUACCAUCCUAGUCCUGCGAAUCUUCAUUGGUACAGCGCAGGCUUUCAUCCAGGGAAGUAGUGUAUACUUUGCCUGGUUUUAUAUCAGAACUGAACUGGCCACACGGAAUGCGAUAAUCUUCUCUUUUGCAACCUUGGCUGGGGCAUUCAGUGGAUUGAUUUCCUACGCCGUCAACAACCGGCUCACUGUCGCAAAAACUGGUCUCGAACCUUGGAGAUGGCUUUUUAUCAUUGAAGGCUCAAUAGCGAUGUUUGUUGGCUUGUUGACUGUCGUUCUUCUGCCUAGUUUCGCGGAUCAGAUGAAACAUGGGAAGAACUGGCUGUUCAAUGAGUCAGACGUUCGACUUCUAAUUGAGCGAGCUAAGCGCAACAACACAAUGGGGGCUAAAGUCGAACUCAGGCAAAUCUGGGUGGCACUGUUGGAUCCCAAGUCCUAUGUUUUUGCGCUCGUUCAAGCUGCAGUCGGCUUAGGCGUGUCUUCCGUUGGGAAUUUCCUACCCACUCUUGUGGCCGACUUUGGAUAUUCAAAUGACCAGGCACAGCUCUUCACUGCCAUACCUUAUGUCUGCGCCGCAGUGACCACUGUAGGCAUGAGCUAUAUCUCGGAUCGCCUGAAUCGUAAGGGAGCGGUGCUGAUUUUCACACUCGGCAUAACUAGCAUUGGGUACAUCAUUCUACUAUCGGUGAACAAUGUCCCGGUCAAAGUCUUUGCCACAUGCCUGCUUACCAUGGGACUGUACCCCAGCGCCACUAUCAACGCAGCCUGGGCAGGGAUCAACAUUGGAGGCUUCACCAAACGAGGGAGUACCUGGGCCCUGGCUGAGAUCUUUGCUCAAGUCUUCUCCAUUAUGGGCACGCACGUGUACGACUCUCCACCCCGUUUCAUCAAGGGACAUGCCAUCUGCCUAGGAUUUUGCCUUAAUGCAAUCCUGUGCAUUUUGCUGGGCAUGUGGUGGAUGAAUCGUGCGAACAAGAUGAAAGAUCAGGAAAGGGGAGAAUUCCAGGCACGCCAGGAGCCACACCCUCACGACGAGAAAACUCUCGAGGAUGUUUUUGAUUAUCAUGUAGCUUUCAGGUAUACUCUCUAG